AUGGCGAGCACCGUUGAUGACUUUUGGAGAAUGGUGUGGCAGGAACAAGUGUCCUUGAUCGUAAUGCUUACAAAUCUUACUGAAGGAGGAAAGGUUAAAUGCGAAAAAUACUGGCCCGACGCCGACCAGGAAGCCAAAUUUGGCCGUUUGACUGUUCGCAAUAUGAGAGAGGAGAUCAACGCCGAUUAUGUUACAAGAGAUCUAUUAGUUACUCGCGAAAAUACAAAGAAAAUCGUUCAGCAACUGCACUACACCAAUUGGCCCAAUCACGGAGUUCCUCUCUAUCCGCAGUCGAUAGCCAUUUUCAGGGAAAAAUUUACUCACCGCAACGAAUUGGCCCCGAUAUUGGUGCACUGCAGUGCUGGAGUCGGAAGAACCGGCACGGUGAUUUUGAUCGACGCAUGCCUCAAAAUGGUUCGUUCAUGCGGUCAACUAGAUGUCGUCAACAUUUUCUCACAGAUGAGGAAACAGAGAGCCAAUCUGGUCGACACUUUGGAACAAUUCGAAUUUGUGCACCUGGUUCUCUUGGAAAGCAUUUUGAACCCAAAGUUUGAAAUCAACUGUGAGAAUUUUCCUGAAGAAUACAAACACCUUACGUCAAAAGACAACCAGAAGAUCAAUGAGAGUUUCGAAUUACUCACGGAAAUUUGCAACAAAGAUUUCCAAAGGGGUGAUAAACCGGCGGAGUUUGAAGCCAACAAGUGCAGAUACCCUGAUAUUAUUUCAACAUCGAGCGCCAUUGUUUCGCUCUUCCCCUACGGAGAUGUCACGACGAUGAAUUUCAUAAACGCCGUUUUCGUCGACGGAUACAAGAGGGCAAAGCAGUUCAUUGUUACCCAAGUGCCCAUGAAAAACACCGUCUGGGAUUUUUGGAGGAUGAUUGACCAGUUCAACGUCAAGCAAAUUAUCAUCCUCAAUGAGUCGCAUCAUUCUUACGGAGAUUUCCUUCCCACAAAACAACGCAAGCUUGACUUUGAUGAAAUUGAAGUCAUUUUGGAUGACAUCGACGAUGGAAAACUCUUGAAGACUUAUGAAAUCACACUGGAUACUCGUGGGAUCUGCAAGAAAGUUUGUGUGAAAUACGCCUCACUCGGUUGGAAAUCUGAAGCAGACGCUCCACCAAACCUAGAAUCGGUCAUCGAACUCUGGGAAGAUUUAAAAAUCUCUGGUGGUAAAGACAUCGUUACGAUUGCCUGCCACGAUGGAGUGACAGCCAGCGGCCUUUUCCUUGCAAUUGGCUUUGUAAUCGAAAAAAUCAAGAUGGAACAAAAGGUUGACGUCGGUCUGGCCGUGCGAACCCUGAGAAAGGCCAAACCGGUGUUCAUUUCUUCAGGAAUGCAGUUCGGUCUCCUCUACAAAGCUGCCAAAUUCUAUUUGAGCGCCUUCGAAACCUAUAAGAACUUCAAAUAGGGAUAGAUAAUAGUGUCUACUAAUAUAAUAUGUAUUACUGGAUUUUAUUUAAUUUAAUAUGAUACUAAUUACUUAAUGGACAACAUUUAUUUUAGUUGUUGAUAACAAGAAAUAAUUAAUAGUUAUAAUAGCGCUUGUGAAACUAACACCAUUUGUUUAGCCAUGAUCUAACAAUUUUGAACCUUUGUUAAACUUUAUUGUUCCAAUUUUUCUUUAAUAUGUGUAAUCA